CCGUCUUUAGGCGCGUUCGUGUUUCGUAGUACGAAUGGUACGAUCGUAUUUUGUUUUUAUAAACAUGUCUACUGGUUUUAAUUAAUACGAGGAGAUUUCGAGUGUUCGAAGCAUACUAAGGUAUAGGAACAUUAUCUGAAUGAGUUUAGGUAUAUUAGUGAAGAAUAUAACGAUUUUAAUGAAACAUUGUGGUUUUACUCAAAUAUUGGUCAUCAUCAAUCAACAUGAAUGAGAAAGAUGAAAGUGUUAUUACCAGAGUGCAGAGGGGUGCGGACCACUUAGAAAUAAGUAUAGUUAGUGAUUCGGCAGCUCCCGAGUGCUCCGCCCCUAGUAAGCCCAAGAAAAGGGUUAGAUUCGAGAAAGUAGACGUGGACGGUCAGGUUGGUGUGCGUCUGAGAAAGAAAAGAAAGCCAGUGCCAGAUGAUGAAGAUACGGGGGAGUUUAAAAAGUCAAAGCUCGAUAACGGUCAUGAUCACGAGAAUCCGGAUGAAGAUGAUGAUAGCGGCCAUGAAUAUCAAACGAAUGACACCAUCGACUGGCCUCCAAAAGAUGUUCAAACUUUAGUUAGCCACAUAGAACAGUCGCUACCGAAGAAUGAUGUCUUACAUUACCAAACUCGCGUGGAGAAAUUAAAUUGGGAUGAUAUUUCCUUCAGUAAUUAUACCGGUAACGAUUGUAAAAGGGUCUGGUUUAUAAUACAAAAACGGAUAAGGAGAUUUCGGCUGCUGAACGAAGUGCUUCAGGAUGCCAAGGAAUUGGUAUCAAAGCCGUGGAUAGACUUCUACCAUAGAUCUAAAAUGAAACGCCACCCCAAAUUUCCAAAGCGUCCAUUGUCUGCUUACAUGCUUUUUUAUUUGCAGAAUAAACAGAAAGUACAGACCGAAUGUCCCGGAUUAGACAUGAUGGAAAUAUCGAAAGAGACUGCUCUAAUGUAUAAAAAUUGCAGUCCGGACGAUCGACAGGAUUACAUAAAAAUGGCUGCAGCAGAAAAGAAGGCAUACGAUGAAAAAUUGGAAGAAUUUCAGCGACUACAUCCAGAAACUUGUGUCUCUGAAAAAUCAGUUAAGCCUGCCGAUACAGCUCCAGCUCCAGAAAAGCCCUCUACUCCUUAUAGAUUGUUUUAUAAACAACAACAUAAAAACUUCUAUUCCAAUUGGGAAGGAGAUCUCUCCAGUUUUAAGGACCAAUGCAAGGAGGAAUGGAGAAACUUGCCUGAUAAACAGAGAGUUGAAUGGAUCGAUAUGAGUCUAGAGGAGGAGGAAAAGUAUCAGGAAGAAUUGAAAAACUAUGUGCUCCGAAAUCCCAGUUAUACUGCAGGCGUUUUUAAGACUGUCGUGUCCAAAAGUGAAAGGGCAGUAAAAGAACGUCUCUCUGGCAAACCAGUUAAGCCACCGCUUUCUGCAUACAGUUUGUAUGCACAGAUAAUGCUGAAAAGCGAUGAGAUGAAGAAAAUUGAUCCCAAAUUGAGAAUGAAAGUGCUCGCGGAUCACUGGAAAAAUUAUACCGAACAAGAGAAGAAUGUCUACCACGAAAAUUACGAACAGUUAGUGGCUCAAUACAAAAUAGAUUAUGCCACUUACCUAGAUUCCCUUCCCGAAAGUAAACGCCAAGAAGAACUCCUAAAUAAUGCUAAGCGGAAAAAAAAGAAUGAAGAGGCUAAAAGUAAGACGGAUGAAAAUGUAAAUAAAAAUGGGCAAAAAAGUAAAACAGAAGAUGAAAAGGAGGAAGAGAGGAAACGUACUGAGUUAACCCAUGAUGUAGGGAAAAUGAGGGUAAGGCAGGCUACAUAUCGGAAAGAUUAUGAGCAAGAUGAAGGAGUGACCAUAGUAACAAAGAUCAGAAAAGAACAUGACAUUAAAGUGUCAACGAAAGAACGUGAUAAAAAGAAGAAAAAAGAAGAUGGAUUUGAAAACGGAUGUGUUUCUCUAACGAAAAUCAUUGAAGCAGAACCUGUACAGCCGCCUGUAUCUGGCUUUGUCCUGUUUAGUAAGCGAUACCAUGGUAAGGCGCCGGUGGAAACGGCAUGGAAAAAUUUGAAUAAAAUUGAAAAGAAAGAAUAUGAAACCGAAGUCCAAAUGUUAAAACAGAAGUAUAUUAAAGAUUACGAAGCGUUUUUGAAAAGUUUAAGUAAGGAACAACUAACUGCCUUUUCUCAAAUGAGAAAAAGUGGCAAAGGGAGAGAGGAAAAACGCCCCAGUAAUGAAGAUGAUUAUGAGAGUACAGAUUCAUCUGACUGAAUUAUGAUUUUGUUCUUUGUUGUCAAUUGUUUGCAGUAAGCCAGUUAUGCGUGCAGUAAUUUUUUGUUUAAUUAAUUCUUAUAUUAUUUACAAAUUAACAUUUUACUCAUGAGGUAUUCAUGUCGUAAUCAUCUUCCAUCUGUAAACUAGAUACCAUGACUGAGAAGCGAGUGGUUAACCUCUUUUUUACUUAGAGUUUAAGCAUUUAUUGUAGAAAUCAUGUAAACAAUAUUGUAAAUUACGAAUGAAAUAGUUACUAAAAAAAUUCAAUUUG